AUGGACAAGGAUACAAAGCCAUGGGGCUACAGGUGGCGUUCAUCUCGCCUUUUGGUGGUUUCGUCCAUCACGGUUGCCUUAUUCGCAGAAACAUUUCUCUACGGGUUUCUUACUCCGAUCUUGAGUUAUAUGCUUGAAGAACGACUGCACCUGGAUCCAUCACAGACUCAGACGUUCACUACGGCAUUGCUCACCACUCAUGGGUUCAUUGGUCUCGUUUCUGCCCCGAUUGUCGCGCAUUUUGCCGAGAAGACUCCGAGCCAAAAGAAACCACUAUUGAUCGCCCUGGCAGGAUGUUUUAUAGGGACCCUUAUGAUUGCUCUUGCCCCAUCCGUUUGGAUUCUCUUCCUUGGUCGCAUCCUGCAAUCCAUGGCAGGUGCCGGAACUUGGGUGGUUGGAUUUGCUCUAUUGGCAAAUAAUGUGGACAAGCAACACCUUGGACAGUCGAUGGGCAUGGCCAUGUCAUUUGUAACGGCAGGAAUGGUCGGCGGACCAACAGUGAGUGGCGCAUUGCUCCAGUUAUUUGGCUACUGGGCCGCCUGGUCACUUCCCUUGAUCGUACUCGUCUUGGAUAUCAUUGCACGCCUGGUAAUGAUUGAGCCUGGCCUCGAAUCGUCAAAGAAAAUUGAUUCUUUGAGCAAGCCUGUUGUGUCAGUGGUCAGCAAUGAGGUGGACCCAGAAGAGACGACUGCACUGCUUUCUGAGGCACCGUCUACCGUCAAUCCAGAUGACUGUAAAGUGGAGAACAAGCAUGACCUCAAACAUGAGUACUACAGAAUCAUGCUCUCCGAUCCACGUGUUUUGACCGGAUUGGCCAACGUCGUCGUUGUCUCCUCCCUCAUGUCUGGCAUUAACAACACUCUCCCUGUCCACCUGCGACAAGCAUUCGGUUGGAAGAGUUUACUCAUUAGUAUGAUGUUCUUCUGUCUCCAAGUCCCGAAUAUCCUUCUCAGCGGUCCAUCCGGAUGGCUUCGCGAUCGAGUCGGAAUACGGGGACCUACUGUCUUCGGCUGGCUUGCGAUGAUCCCUCUCAUCUUACUUCUAGGGAUGCCCGGAGACUCCCACUUCCCAUGGGCCGGAGGAGAUGCAGCUGGAAAGUCUAUUUUUACCACCAGUUUGAUUGCCUUGGGUAGUAUCCUACCUCUUGUGCGCGGCGUAGGAGCCGUGCAACUGGCUUAUGUUGUCAAGGACAUGGAAACUAAAGAUGCGCAGCUAUUCGAGGCCAACAGAAGCAACUUGCGAGUCUUUUCCAUGACUGAAGUAGGAUAUAGUCUCGGAAUGAUGCUCGGGCCUCUAUUGACUGGCUCGCUAUUCGAAGGAGUUGGCUUCUUUUACAUGACUGUGGCACUAGCUAUUACCUGCCUCAUCCAGGCCGUCAUUUCCUGGCUUUGGUUGGAUACCUUAGCCUCACCUGAAGCCCCCGAAGCUUCGGUUUAA